AUUUUAAGCUAAACUGGACUAAACUCAGCUCUACUGAUGGAUGUUCCUCUGACAGCGCACUGACACUGAUACUGGCUAAGGCUGUCACACAGUUUCCUCCCACUUUCACAAGCCUGGGGCAUAGAGAUUACUCAUAACUCGAACAAACUAGCUGCACUCUGAGAUAAGCACACAUGCUGCCAAGAUGUCCAAGUUCAACCGCAAUAAAGGCACACUGCACUGGGAUUAAAGAGAAGCCUGUAAAUCACACGGGGGUGUAGGUUAUGGUGACAAGUGCAGUAUUGCCCCACAGAGGACAAAUUCUACAAUGUAGCAAAAAGCUAGGAAGAAAAAACAGCUGUCAUGUUUACCAAAAAGCAAGCAGGGUUAAUAUCACUCAAAAAAGAAAAGGACUGACUAAAGAGAGAUAUUACUUCUCAUUCUCAAUAGUUUGAGUAUUCAGUCAUAACUCAAAAGCUAUGUAAAUGUUAAAAAAAUAACUUUAUUUCACAUAAUCCUGUCCAGCAGCAUUAAUGUUUAUUGUAAUUUUAUUGAAUAAUUAUGUAAUUAACCACAAGAUAUCAGACUCAGCUUGAAAAAAUUACUUGGAACUGUCUUGCACUGGAAGAGAUAAGGACACCAGUUUUUACUUGACACAGCACUCACAGUACUAGCAGUUCCCAAACUCGUCCAGCAGCUCGUCUUCCCAUUGACAAGGACGACCAUUUACCCCAGGGUUGUUACUCUGAGCCAGAACUAGGUAUGACAAAACACUUUAGAAGAAAACUUUUGAAGAAGCAAAACUUGACUGAAAAACACUGCACACAAAAAAACUUAAAUAAAUUUUUUUUAAAGGGAAAUGCGGGUAUUCCUGUUUUCUUUGUAAUGCAUAUUGUGAAUUUUCUAAAAUAUUGCUCCUGAGUAAUGCCACCCACAGUUCUAAAGAAAAAUAAAAAAAACUUUAAAGAUCUGCCAAUAAAGAUUUUUUUUUGAGGGUUGGGGGUAACUUUUUUGCUAUAUAAACUAAAGUAAACCUAACUGAAAACUGAGCAAAAAGGGGGAAAAGUGAAAAUAAAUCCUGUUUUCACUCAGUAAAACAAGUCUGUCACUUCAUAAUUGCGCAGAGAAAAUUAAAAACGUAAUAAAGACUCAGGAUCUACAGAGCCUGCACACUUAUAACCAAGUGCUGAACCAUUACAUGAAGAUUUGACCUGUGACUCCGUCCUGUUGCAUCAGCUGAGCAGGACUCAACCUUCAGCUGAGUUGUGUAACAGACAAGGUCGAUAUUCACAGAGCCUGCCAAGCCUGAGGGGAAAAAACUUAUUAUGCAUACUUAAGGUGAAAUGUUAUAAUCACGCUUUUGUUACAUCGGUUAAGUGAAUUCUCCAUUGACAUUUACGAUAAACUAUUUCUUAUCCUUCUAUUCCAGGGUCAGCGGACUUGUACGGCAUGUGCCACAGUAGCGGAAGUGCGUCACGCACCCGUGACUUGCUCUGGUAUGAAGGGAGGAGACAUGCGGUUGUCUUUGAACGUGGUUCACCCCGGCCUGUCAGUACGUCUGUGCCAGUCUACCGGCUCUUUAAAUUAGCCCCCGUUCACCGGCAGCGACCAGCUAUCUAAACCAUGAAGAUCUGGACAUCAGAGCACAUAUUCAACCAUCCUUGGGAGAUGGUGAUUAAAGCUGCUAUGCAGAAGUACCCAAACCCCAUGAACCCCAGUGUGGUUGGGGUGGAUGUUCUGGACAGAGAAAUUGACACACAAGGACGCCUCCACAGUAAAAGACUGCUCAGCACAGAGUGGGGGCUUCCAUCCAUAGUGAAAUCUCUCGUUGGUAACGCACGAACAUACACGUAUGUUCAGGAACAAUCAGUUAUUGAUCCCAAAGAGAAGACUUUUGAACUUCAGUCCUCAAAUAUCACAUUCACAAACAUGGUAUCUGUGGAUGAAAAGUUAACAUAUAAACCACACCCUGAAGAUCCAGAAAAAACAAUAUUGACCCAGGAGGCUCUCAUCUCUGUGAAAGGGGUCAGUCUCAGCAGCUACCUGGAGGGAGUUAUGGCCAGCACCAUCUCUACUAAUGCUGGAAAAGGCCGUGAAGCCGUGGAGUGGGUUAUCAGGCGACUGAAUACAGAAAUCGAGGAGCUGGCAGCCACAGCACGUGGGACCAUACGCACCCCAAUGGCUGCUGCGGUCACAGAGAAAUGACACCCUACUCUGGUGUUCAGUUGAGUCUCAGAUUGGACUGCACAGCAGUAUAGCCAGCCUCCUUCUAUGAUGCUCUGGUCCUGUUUGGUGCUUUGGGGAUUUUUGUAUUAUUUAAGGGUACAAUUUAGGCAUGUUGUGUACUUUUACCAGUUAUGUUCUAAGCCGGAGACUGCUGCCUAACGGAGGUCUGAGUGUUUUCUAGCGAUGCGGCCUGGCGGGACUGCUUUGAUAGGGCGCUGAAAAGUUGGUGGCUCACUCAGGGAGAUUUAAACACUACUGCCAUUUGUAUCUUUGAAAAAAGGUGCAAUGUGGAUGGACUGGAAACACAAGAAAUGUGCCAAUGCAGACGCUGCUUUUUGUCUUUACAAAUGCCUUCUCCAGGUGUGUUUUCAUCUGGCAGAAAUGUGUCAGAAUGCCAGCACAUCGUCUCUGGUCUGAGCUUCACGUUUACAGCAGAAGAGUCGGAAAGAAAAACAGUUCAUGGUGAGACGUAUAGGAGUGACUGUAACAAAUGCGUACACUGAGAAAUGAUGGCUGAUAUUAGCCAUGGAGGUCAAGCGCACCGAAUGUCACAAAUGCAUGCAAGCAGGUCAGAUUAAACGGUUUGGGUUAUCCACAGUGAUCACAGUAAGGUUUAUUUGUGUAAGAGAGCCACUUCAACACUGUUUUCCUAUGGGACCUCAGUUACAACAACAGACUGUAAUAGGUACGAAUGCAAGCCUGAUACUAAACUGUACUGAUGUAAUGUAAUAACUUAUGUUAUUGAGGUAUUUAAGUUGAAAUGAAGGGAUCAAAGUACUUGCCAUAUUUAUACUUUUAAAAAUGUAUAGUAGACCUUCUCAAAUGCUGCUUUAAUGUAACAUAAGCAUGAAUCUGUUUACUGUGUAGAAACAAGGGUCAGACUUCUUUUUACAUACUAAACCUGAGGUUGUUUCAACUGAAGUAGUUUUAUCAGCACGUACAUAAUCCUGUAAGCAUGAUCACUGAGUGCAGGGGCCGAAAGCUUCACACUUAUUACCAGUAAAAGCUGCUACACGUGCUAAGCGAGCAUUUUGAUAAAACUGUUUCAGUGGAUACCCUGUGUUUGAGAUAGUCUCAUAGUGGGAAUCUGUGUGGCGAUGGUAAACGCACAACUUUCUGUACAUAAGAUAUUUAUUAAUAUAUAUAUUUUUUUACCUAUGCCAGGAAUAUUUAUUUUUGAAAAAAGAACAAUUUGGCAGAGUAAACUAUGAGUUUGGUUGAUUUUUAAAGGCAAAAUCACAUGUUCACCUUGUAAUUUGUUUUCUGAAUGGGUUAUUGUGUAAAAGAUUCUCACCAAAUGCAGAAUGUGUCAAUAAAAUAUUUGAACCCGUUUUAUUUAA